UAGUCCAGCAAUUUGCCACAAGAAGUCGCUACGAGCAAUACCAGAAAAUCAGUCGAAAUCUAAAUAAUCGGGGUUGGGCGUGUUACUUUUGCAAAUCCGUGAAUUGUUAAGUGUUUUUAUUAGAUAUGUAACUUAACUAAUUACGAAUUAAGAUCAGCACAAAAGAAAAAGAUAGAACAACCAUGGCCUUAUCUCUUAGAAUUAAUAUUAUCGACGAAAACGUUACCAAAACUAUCGUUUUCGAUCCAGCGACGACUGUCCAUGAUGCCUGCCGAAUCAUUCGAGAUAAAUGUACAGAGGGUGAACAAUCUAAAGACUACGGACUCUUCCUCACUGAUGAAGAUAAUAAAACGGGGGUGUGGUUAGAGCCUGCACGGAAUUUAGAGUACUAUAUUUUAAGAAAUGGAGACCUUAUUGAGUAUAGAAAAAAACUGCGACCUCUUAGAGUUAAAAUGUUGGACGGUGCGGUAAAAACAAUGAUGGUGGACGAUUCACAAAUAAUAGCAAACCUUAUGGUCGUCAUUUGCACAAAACUGGGGAUAACGAACCACGACGAGUACUCCCUCGUUUUAGAAGACUUGGAAAAUCAAGAAAACAUCGACAACCGCAACUACGGUACCCUCACUUUAAAACGAAAGAAAGAGGAAAGAGAAAGAGACGCAAAAAUGGAACAAUUGCGUAAGAAGCUACACACUGACGAUGAGGUCAAUUGGCUCGAUCCCUCUAAAACAUUACGUGAACAGGGAAUCGAUGAAAUGCAAACGGUGUUGCUCAGGAGGAAGUUCUUCUAUUCAGAUCAGAAUAUCGACUCGAGAGAUCCUGUGCAAUUAAAUCUGCUGUAUGUACAAGCCAGAGAUGCGAUCUUGCAAGGAACUCAUCCGAUUACACAAGACAAGGCUUGCGAAUUUGCCGGGCUUCAAUGCCAAAUACAAUUUGGGGAUCAUGUAGAAUUAAAACAUAAACCUGGAUUUUUAGAUCUUAAAGAAUUUCUUCCACAAUCCUACACGAAAAUAAAAGGUAUAGAAAAGAAGAUCUUCUCCGAACACAGAAAACAACAAGGUCUUAGCGAACUAGACGCCAAAGUCAAAUACACCAAAAACGCUCGCUCUCUUCGUACCUACGGAGUAACAUUCUUCCUGGUUAAAGAAAAGAUGAAAGGAAAGAACAAGUUAGUUCCCCGUUUACUCGGUGUGACCAAAGAUUCUGUUUUGCGUCUGAACGAGCAGACGAAAGAAAUUCUGCAGACCUGGCCAUUGACGCAGGUGAGGAGAUGGGGAGCUAGUCCAAACACUUUCACCCUCGAUUUCGGUGACUACUCCGAUCAGUAUUAUUCAGUACAAACGACGGAAGCAGAGCAGAUCCAGCAGAUUAUAGCUGGGUACAUUGAUAUCAUCUUGAAGAAACAACAAGCUAAGGAUCAUUUUGGUAUCGAAGGAGACGAGGGAUCUACUAUGUUCGAAGAGAAUGUUGCUAAACAGAAAGCAACCAUUUUGCAACACGAAUCUAGUAAGAUGGGCAGAACCAGCAUUGAAUCUUUGGCCAAACCAGCAGUAAUGAGAGCCGCUGAUGCCGAGAAAACUUUUACAAUGGGUGUCAUGGGUGGUCCUCAGCAGACCACAGUAAGUGGCGCUGUCAAUGUUGGCCAUGCUCCUCCAACGACUACCAACAUGCAACAAACCAAAAUAACGAUGAUAAUAUCAGAACCACAACGUGCUCUAUUAUCAACAAUUUCCGCAACGCAAUCCAGAAUCAAAGAAUCAGAAAUCGAGCUUGAAGCCAGAGCACACGUUCCAGAAUUGGGUACAGAUCCAGCUGCAAAGAAAUGGAAGCAAGUUACUUUGGAUACCAAGAAGCAAAAUGUCGGAUCACAGAUAGCUGCCAUGAGCGCAGCUACUGCUCAAGUGGUUACGCUCACCUCUGGACCGCAAGAUGAAGUGGACCAUACUGCUGUUGGAGCUGCCAUUACAACAAUCGGUAGUAAUUUACCAGAAAUGACUAAAGAUGUCAAAAUGAUAGCAGCAUUGAUGGAUGAUGGAAGCAUGGGAGAGAAAUUGCUGGAUGCCACGAGAAAGCUCUGUUUUGCUUUUAGCGAUUUGUUGAAAGCUGCAGAACCAGAAUCGAAAGAGCCAAGACAAAAUCUGCUCAACGCUGCCUCUAGAGUUGGUGAAGCUAGCACUCAAGUUCUUGCUACCAUCGGUGAAGAUACCGUUGAAAACAAAGAAUUACAAGAUAUGCUUUUAUCUUUGGCCAAAGCUGUCGCAAACACAACUGCUGCUUUAGUUCUGAAGGCCAAAAACAUAGCUUCCACGUCUGAUGACCAACAAACACAAAACAGAGUAAUAGGUGCUGCCACCCAGUGUGCAUUGGCUACAUCGCAGCUCGUCGCUUGUGCCAAAGUUGUUGCUCCAACCAUACAUUCACCAGCUUGCCAGGAACAACUGACUACUGCUGUUCGAGAGGUAGCCAGAGCUGUCGAGAAUCUGGUUGCUGUAUGCAAUGAGUCAUGUCCAAAUGAAGAUUUGAACAAUCAGCUGAAGGUUGCAGCUGCAGACGUAACCCGCACAUUGAACGAUCUUUUAAAUCAUAUGAAAUUGGCUGGGCGUGAAAGAGUUAGAGAAACCAUUCAAGAACAUAGUGUAGAGGAGAUUUACACAGCCACUGAUAAACUAUCAGCAGCUUCUGGUGAUGCCAAUGAAAUGGUUAGACAAGCUAGGCGUCUGGGACAAGCCACAGCACAACUUAUCCAGAGUAUCAAAGGCGAAGCCGAAAAACUGCCCGACUCUGAUAUACAACGCCGUCUAUUGGCCGCCGCUAAAACUUUAGCCGAUGCUACUGCCAAGAUGGUAGAAGCUGCCAGACAGUGCGCUAGUCAUCCAACUGAAAUAGUGUACCAGGAUCAACUUAGAAAAACUGCAGAGGACCUUAGAGAUGUCACUGUUGUCGCUGCUACCACUCCAGCACUUCGUGCAAAAUUGGUCGACAGAGUUCAGAUUUGCGCCAGAAAGGCUGCAGCCUCUGCUACUCAAUGCAUCAAUGCAGCACAAGCAAGUCACCCCUACAAUACAAACGCCGUUACCAGAGAAACACUUAUCCAAGAUACUGUUGAAUUGGGCGAAACUAUACCUCUGUUAGUAGAGUCCAUCAAAGCCAAUGCUCAAAACGCUGAAGAUACUACAGGCCAGGUCGAAUUGAUGUACAUUGCAGAAGUCUUUUUGCAUCCAGCGACUCAAUUCAUACAAUCUUCUCAAUCAGCGUUACCAACUUUGACAGAACAUUCUGUUCGUGAACAACUGUCCAGUAGCACACAAAAAUUCAACUCCGAAAUAAGUGAAUUACACAGUGCCAUCAGUAGAGCUAAACCAGCUUGCCAAGGUCUAGGAAUGGACGCGGCACAACAGCUAAUAGCAGACCUUCAAGAAGAACUGAACGAAUUCGAACGAGCUGUAGAUGCUUGCAGGUUAAGACCAUUACCAAAUGACACUCCUGAAAGAGGUGCCUUACAACUGGCUGCCAGCAGCAAACUAGUCAAUCAAGGUAUUGCUCAAUUGCUGAGUGCUGCAGCUCAGGGCAACGAAAUGUAUACAUCUCAAGCUGCAAGAGACACAGCGCACAGCCUUAAAAAUCUCACGAACGCUAUUCGUAUUGUUGCUGCUACUUCGGAUAAUCCCGAAGUACAAAGAAGAGUAAUUAAUUCCGGUCAGGACGUCUUAAUUUUAUCUUCGAAACUCGUCAGCGAAGCUCAAAAGAGUUUAUCGACCGUUGGAGUUACUCCUGGUCUACAAAAAGCUGCUAAAGAUAUGUCUCAAGCUUUGAAUUCUGCCGUUAGUUGUUUGCCUGGCCAGAAGGAUGUUGAUACAUCAAUAACUAACAUUAUAGAGUGGUCGUCAAUGUUAACAACGACCAAUUUGCCACCAACAAAGAAAAGUUAUGGAGAAUUGCAGCAUGAAUUGAACACAGCUGCCGCAAACCUGAAUGAAGCUAGCUCCAGCGUUGUAGAAUCUGUUUAUAGUCCGAUACAGUUAGCGUCUACAUCUAGAGACUUUGCCUCUGCUUACCAAGACUUACUUAAUGUUACUGUGGAGAUGGCAGGACAAACUUCAGAUGUGUCAGUAAGAGGAGAAAUGGUGCAUUCAUUAAAAACGGUCUCAACUUCCUCCAGUACUCUAUUGACAACUGCCAAAGCUCUUUCGGCAGAUCCAAAUCUCCCUAAUGGUAAAAACCAACUCGCAGCUGCAGCUCGAGCUGUUACAGACAGUAUCAAUCAUCUAGUCAAUGUCUGCACGUCGGCUGCACCAGGCCAAAACGAGUGUGACAAUUCUAUCAGGCAAAUGAAGGCAAUGAAAUACUUGCUCGAGAAUCCCACUGAACCAAUUAAUGAUUCUUCUUAUUAUGAGACGCUUGAUACCGUUAUAGAGAAGAGUAAAGUGCUAGGUGAAGGUCUGACUGGUAUAACAACUAGUGCCAAAGCUUCAGAACACGAAAAGUUCACAGAUUAUGUCAAAAGUUAUAGUAAUGCUAUUUGUUCGAUGAUUGAAACCUCUGCUCAAGCUGCUUACUUGAUUGGUGUGUCAGAUCCUUCGAGCAUAGCUGGCCGCCCCGGCUUAGUAGAUCAGGCCCAAUUCGCAAGAGCUUCCCAAGCUAUUCACCAAGGAUGUGCAGCUCUUUCGUCACCAACGAGUCCCCAGAAGCAGGUCCUAGAAGCUGCUACUCUUAUCGCCAAGCACACCAGUGCCUUAUGUAAUUCUUGUAGGAUAGCCAGUUCUAAAACUACCAAUCCUGUUGCCAAGAGACAGUUCGUCCAAAGUGCCAAAGCUGUAGCUAAUAGUACAGCUGCUCUGGUGAAAGAGAUCAAAGCUCUAGACGCUGAUUAUUCCGAGGAAAAUAGAAUUAGGUGCGCCGAAGCUACAAGACCGCUGCUAGAUGCCGUUGAAAAUCUUUGCGUAUAUGCAAGCUCUAGCGAAUUCGCCACCAUCCCUGCAAAAAUACCUCCCGAAGCUCGUCAUGCCCAACAGCCCGUUGUCGAUUCUGGUCGUAAACUGAUAGACACUUCCUGUGCCGUCAUUAACGCAACAAAAAAUCUCAUUAUCAUGCCCAAGGAUCCUUCAACGUGGCAACAUUUUGCUGGUUGCUCCAAAAAUGUGUCUGAUGCAAUCAAACAGCUUGUUGUGAAUAUAAAGACUGAAGCUCCUGGAAAGUCAGAAUGCGAAGCUGCUGCUCAAAUUAUUAGCAAUCACUUGAAAACGUUGGAUGCUGCCUACAUGGAUGCAGUGUCUCAAUCUUUAGCUCCGAGAAGAGCUGCCACGCUUCCAGUUUACAGUCAACAAGUCGAAAGAUCAGCUGCUGGACUCUUCGAUACAAUUGAACCCUUAAAACACGCUGCCAAAUUUGAAGCUGAAAAUAUUGGUCACGCAAUUAACCAACUGGUACAGUACUUUGAACCAUUGGUAGAAAGUACAAUCAGUGCUGCCUCUAACCUGAACAACUCCAAACAACAGGAACAGAUCCUCGACCAAGCAAAGUCUGUAUCCGAAGCUGCGCUGAAUUUCAUCUACGCGACCAAAGAUUGUGGUGGAAAUCCAAAAGCAGUUAACAUUCAUCCGGAUAUUGAUGAAUGUGCCAACUCCAUUAGAGAUAAUCUACAAGAUCUAGUGACCAGCCUUGAAGCUAUUUCUACACAGAGUGGUAUAGUGUCUGGUGUAGUUGAUAAUCUCACAAGAGCCAUGACUCGAUUGUCGGAUAGUCGUGCUUCUCUCAUCUUAUCUGAUGGUGAUAUUGGAUUCGUUGAUUACCAAACACGAAUGGUGGACUGUGCGAAGAGUAUAGCUAAAAUCGCCGGAGAAAUUGCUAGCAAAGCUGCCACUGACCCUCAGAAGGUGGCUCAAUUAUCUGCAGAUCUUGCGCACAAAUAUGCACAACUAUCUGGCGAUAGUAUUGGAGCUGCAGCAGCUGCCACUAAUGCCGAAGUUGCAAUCAGACUAAGGGAAGUUGUUCAACAACUGGGUGGCGCCUGCGUAGAACUCGUCCAAACAGGAGGCCAGUGCUUAGUCCGAAAAGAUGACGUACUCUUGCGAGAAGUAGGAGAUUGCUCACGCAACGUAACUGAGAAAGUUUCCCGUGUUCUUGCCACAUUACAAAACGAAUCCAGAGGUACCCAAGCUUGCAUCAAUGCAGCUUCCACCGUAUCUGGUAUCAUCGGCGAUUUAGAAACUACCAUCAUGUUUGCCACUGCCGGAAAUCUCAAUCCCGAAAGCGAACAUGAAUCGUUCGCUAAUCACAGAGAGAAUAUAUUGAAGACUGCUAAGGCGUUGGUAGAGGAUACUAAGACUUUGGUAGCUGGCGCAGCUUCAUCACAAGAACAACUGGCUGUAGCUGCUCAAAAUUCUGUUGCGACCAUAGUACAAUUAGCCGAAGUAGUGAAAUUCGGAGCAGCCAGCUUAGGCGUUGACAAUCCAGAUUCCCAAGUGAUGCUUAUCAACGCAGUACGUGACGUUGCCAGUGCUCUUGGUGACUUGAUUCAAGCUACUAAGGCUGCUAGCGGCAAGCCCAUCAACGAUCCGGCCAUGGCUCAUUUAAAAGACAGCGCAAAGGUUAUGGUUACGAAUGUUACAUCAUUGCUUAAGACCGUCAAAGCAGUAGAAGAUGAACAUACCAGAGGUACCAGGGCUUUGGAAUCCACCGUAGAAGCCAUUGGACAGGAAAUGAAGGCACUAUAUUCAAGUGAAGGCUACAGACAGGGAGUUGUAGCAGAAGAGUUAAUACGCUGCACCAAAGCAUUAACGAACGCGACAGCAAAAUGUGUUGCAGCUGGUAUUAGCAACAAACAAGACGAUAUCAUUGCAGCCGCCAAUCUUUCCAGAAAGGCUAUCUCAGACAUGUUAAUAAUUUGCAAAAGUGCUGCCUACAGCUUGGCAGAAACUCCAGAAUUAAGAACAGAAACCUUGAAUGCCGGACACGAUUGCGCGAAACAAUUCAGAGAACUUCUGCUUCUUAUCUUGCGAGACAGUGGCACAACUGAAGUCAAACAAAUUUUGCCUUUGACGUCGAGAAAGAUUGCACAGAGCGUUACCGAACUGCUGAGUGUAGCAAAGAGGCUGAAAGGUUCUGAUUGGGUUGAUCCAGAAGAUCCUACAGUCAUUGCUGAGAAUGAGUUGCUUGGGGCAGCUGCUUCCAUUGACGCUGCUGCUAAGAAAUUGGCCAGUCUUAGACCUAGACAAAAUAUUAAGACUCAAGACUUGGACGAGUCGUUGAACUUCGACGAAAUGAUUCUAGAAGCCGCCAAAUCUAUCACAGCUGCAACCUCAGCACUUAUCAAGGCUGCCAGUGCUGCCCAACGUGAACUAAUAGAUGCAGGAAAGAUGUCUGGUACGCCUGUUUCAUCAUCUGACGACGGCCAGUGGUCAGAAGGUCUAAUAUCAGCCGCCAGAUUAGUUGCAGCUGCAACACACAGUCUUGUAGAGAGUGCAAAUGCUUUAGUUCAAGGACUGGGCAGUGAAGACAAGCUAAUAGCGGCCGCUAAACAAGUGGCGAGCUCUACUGCUCAACUUUUAGUCGCAUGUAAGGUAAAAGCAGAAGGUGAUACAGAAGCAACCAGAAGAUUGCACGCUGCUGGUAAUGCUGUAAUAAGAUCUACCGAUAAUUUGGUAAGGGCCGCUCAACGAGCGAAGAGUGUGGAAGAAGAAAGAUACUUAAUUUUGAAUAAGAAAAUGGUUGGUGGAAUCGCACAAGAAAUUAACGCAAGAUCUGAAGUACUGAAAAAAGAGAGGGAAUUAGAAGAAGCCCGUAACAAACUCAGUGCUAUUCGCCAAGCUAAGUACAAAUUGAAGGGAUACGACACUUCAGGUGAUGACACUGAUGGUUACAUUAGCUCAGCAGCCGAAAUGGAUUCAUCUUCAAUGAGAUACAACCAGAGCUAUGACUACCAAUCACAUUCAAGCCCUCAUCAGAGAUACUACCAAGAUAAUUAUUCCCAAUUAGAAAGCCCCGAGAAAGUUAAUUCCCUCGAACGAAACAAAAAUGCCCUAAAAUCCCAAAUAAAGGACCUGGAUACGGCGACAUACGGUUCAACCAAUACUUACGGACAGCAAGAUUAUAAUUCAUAUUUGCCGACCUCCCCCAGGUUUUACCCGAAAGACACUUACACAAGCACUCCUAGUCAUUUGAGAAGUUACGAACCUCAAAAAACAGAUUCGUAUUAUCCACCCGUAGACACAAACACGAAGUAUUACUCAGAUGGAUACUCGAGCUCUGAAUAUAUGACUAACAGUUACAAAACUCCAGAAGGCUACAAAGUGAAUACGUACAAAUACGAAAGUUAUCAAGCGCCUCCACAGCAGACGUAUUCUUCUAGCAGCGAAAAGUACUACACCAGUGCUCCAGCUGUUAUUUCUCCAAUUUCUCCCAGAGACAAAAAGACGUUCGAAACGUUCAAAAACGGUGCAGAUUCACAGUACUCGACUCAGUAUGCAACGAACGUUGAGUAUAUUAACGAACCUCCGGUAUUUCGAGACGACGAAACGCUAGAACAAAAAAUGUUAAAGAAGUCUAUUACUCAACAAAUCAUCGAGAAGAAAACCGUAUCCGUGACGAAGAGCAGUAAGGAAGAGUCAUCUACAAAGAGUUUUAGAUUUGAAUGAGUUUUAGCUAACGUACAAAGCAUAAAAGGUAGGAAUUUUAAGUAUCACACUUAAAUGAACAAGUUGAUUAUAUUUAUAUUUAAAUUUGUAUUUUUUAGCCAACGAUGACUUUUGUUCAUGUAUAAAUUUGUCAAAAUUUCUAUUUUCCUCUUAAUAUAUCUUACACUUCCUCCUAAUUGUCUGAAAAAAUCAUUAAAUGCUCUAAAUUUUACACAAUAAUCAGUAAAAAAUGUUCAGUAAUGUUAAAAAAGGAAGUAUGUACUGUAAGAUAGUCCCUCGGAAACCAAAUAAAUAACAACCGAAUAGGAACUAAUUUAUCUAGUAAAGCUACUCAAUUGCUUACCUAACCAGUUAUUUAAACUACCAGUUAAUUCACUCUCGAAUUUUGAUGGUUCCAAUUUUGCAAUCUACUCCUGAGACAAAAUUUUGAAUGCGCAAAGGACUAGGAAAAAAAUGGCGCUGUUGCAAGACUUAAAAUAUUCCAUUUUAUUGAUUUAAGAACAUGACCCUCACAUAAGAAUAUUAAUAAUAAGAAAUGGCUAAAUCUGGAUUUAAAUUUUUGGGAGAUACACCUGCACACCAAGUCAUCUAAGGCUAGGGCUCGAUAACAUGGGAAGAGUCCCACCAGAGCUCAAUCCUUUUGAUACCGUAGGUAUCUGGGAUGAGCCAAUAAGAGGGAGUGUGAGUUUUAUGGCUAAAUCUGAGAAAACAAAGUAGUAAAAUAAACCAUAGGCGUUCUUAUUUGGUUUAAAUAAAGUCAUGAGAACUUCCUCAAUUAUAACCUCAAAAAAUUCAUGAAAGUCAGAUGACGAUAACCAAGGAGCUGUCAUGCGUCUGCGCGAAGAACUAAAAUGUUUGACGCGCCGUCACCAAAAUGGAACAUGGAGAACAAAGGAUUUUCGCGGAGUGACCCUACUGAUUAUUUAGCAUUAUACUAAUCUCAAAUACAUUAGGUUUGUUCUAGCAUCAGUUUCAAGCGGUUUGAAAUCAUCAGAAGCAUGCGCAUUUGUUUGAUGGCGUUUAAGCACACAAAUUACUAGUUUGAAACUACUAGUCCAGCGUUCUAACUUUGAUUUGGAAACUAGCUUUAAACGGUCAAAAGGGUUUGCGGAUUUUGUUCUGAGUCAAUUUGUGACUUGCGAGGUGGAAUUAUUGUUUGAGGUUUAUAAAUUUUAAAUGAAAAUGAUAUGUUUUGACUGUUUGUUACUUACCAUUAUUUACGUUUAUAACAUUAAUUUUCUCACAAUAAAACACUGAAAAACGUUUGUUUUUCUAUACUUCCACAAAAUUUUGUGGAAGUAUAGAAAAACAAACGUUUUUCAGUGUUUUAUUGUGAGAUAAAAUGAACUUCCAUCAAGUAACGGUCGAAUCCAUCAAUUACAUUGAUUUUCAAUAUUUAACGUAAAUCUUGAAAAUUUGGAUAACACAAGAAAAAUAUAUUUCUAAUCUAACCUCAAAAUUAUAAAUAAAAACAAACAUGAACCAGUCUCAUUUGACGUUAGUAUUUUCUCCGAAAAAAAAGCGUUCUAGCAAAAAACAGUUUGCUACCAGUUUGUGGAUUGAACAUGCGCAGUAAAGCAGUACAAUAUCUGGUGUCAAACCAUACAAAACUACAUGCUAGAACAAACCUAUUAUCUAUUUAGUCAGAUUCCGUUUAGUCUAUUUAUCCAGUCAAACAGAUUCCGUUAUUUGUUUCGGUUUUCGUUUAUUGCAUCAGGGAUUUAUGAUGUAUUAAAAAUGUUUCUUUUUAUGUAAAAUUAUUCCUUUAUUUUAACGACUCAAAGCAUGUAUGUAUAAAGUUUGAAUGUUUCUGUGUGGAUGACGAUAGUACAAUGAAAUCAAUAGAACUGCUUAGGUUGGUGAUAUUUUCAUUGGUUAUUUUUUUCUUGGGACAUUUGAUGAUUGGUUUGGACUUGAUUUAGAAGAAUACGUACCUGCUAUAAUUUUAGAAUGCAUUGGCGGUACUACAGUGAGGCUGUACUUAACAAAAAUAUAAAUAUUUUUUAUCUAUACACACACAGGUUUAAAAAUUGAAAUUUGCAGAUAUAUACAUGAACAGAUUUUUCUUUAAACUUUUCUUGCGACACGGGUAUGUAAAAUUCAAUAGGAAGCCACUUCCUAACAUUUGCUUGGAAAUCAUUUAUAGUGUGAUAGUGUUCAGUGCACUGCCUUUUAUUUAUUGCAGUUUUUUUUGUGUUUUUAUUAAAUGUAUAUUGUUUUGUAUUUGUAAGUGACCUUACUAUGGUGCUAAUAUGUUUGCUUGUCCCAUUUACAUACUUAACCAAAAAUGAUGUAAGUGCCAAUAAUAUUGCUUAAGCUUUUAAGAAAUGUUUAUAUUUUUAAUUACUUGUACAUUAAAAUGGAUAUUGUAUUUUAAACCAAACAUCCGAAAGUGCCUAUUUUAUCGCUUUUUAUUUGUAAUUUAAGGUUUUAGGUUUUAGUAUAAAUAACAAGACUUAAUAGUGCCUGAUACUUAUUAAAUCAUGCCUUAUAUAAUUGUAUACUUUUUACAUGUUAUUAGGAUUGUUUGAUUAAAUAUUUAAUAUUGUCAUUUAGUAAUACUUGGAUGAAAUAAAACAAUUUAACAUUU